CCUUUUCUCACUCUGGGGUUGAGUUUGCUUAUUUAGAGCAGAGGCUGAUGGACACUCACUUGUCAUUAGAGGUGUAUGGUGCGUGGGAAAGAGCACGUGGAUUUGGUGACCUACAGACUUCGCAAGGGAAAGCUCUUUCCCGUCUUCAGCCAUGGCCUUGGGUUUCCGGUGCUUCCGCUGGGUCCAGCCUGCCCUCGGCAGCUCCCUUGCAGCCUUCGUCAGACCCGUUUCCGGAGUUCCACUGCAGACAGUGAGCGCAAGCAGGAAUGGCCACAAGCAGCUCAUGACCUGUCCGGCCGUGCCCAUCCGUCAUUUUGCUACCAAGAAAGCCAAAGCCAAAGGGAAGGGACAGCCCCAGACCAGAGUGAACCUCAACGCUGCCUUGGUUGAAGAUAUUAUCAGCUUGGAGGAGGUGGAUGGAGAAAUGAAGUCUGUGAUGGAGGCGCUGAAGGAUAACUUCAAUAAGACCGUCAAUAUAAGGACCUCACCAGGGUCCCUUGACCACAUCACUGUGGUCACCGCGGAUGGCAAACUUGCUCUAAACCAGAUUGGCCAGAUCUCCAUGAAGUCGCCCCAGCUGAUCCUGGUGAACAUGGCCAGCUUCCCAGAGUGUACAGCUGCAGCUAUCAAGGCUAUAAGGGAAAGUGGAAUGAAUCUGAACCCAGAAGUGGAAGGGACGCUGAUCCGGGUACCCAUCCCCAAGGUGACCCGGGAGCACCGGGAGAUGCUGGUGAAACUGGCCAAACAGAGCACCAACAAGGCCAAAGAGUCGCUCCGGAGGGUCCGUGCCAACGCCAUCAAUAAGCUGAAGAAAUCCAAGGACAAGGUCUCCGAGGACACCCUGAGGCUCAUAGAGAAGCAGAUCAGCCAAAUGGCCGAUGACAUCGUGGCAGAGCUGGACCGACAUCUGGCCGUGAAGACCAAGGAGCUCCUCGGGUGAGCCGCGGAGGCAGGCAGUGCUCCAGAGCCUGCUGUCCGUGGCUGCAGUGACUCUGCCCUGCACCCGUGGGCAUCUCUCUACCCCGUGCCCUUGGAAGGUGAAGGAAGGCCGACACCCAUCGGCGGCCGCUUCAGGGGGACCCAGACUGUUCCUCGUCGCCUGAGAAUCUCCACUUCAGAUGGCCUUUACUUGGGACGUCUGCCCCCACCGUCACCUUGCCAGGCCACCAGGGCCGUCCGCCUCCUUUUCGAAUCCGCAGGCCCUCACCCCGGUCCGGAAGCUGCUCGGGUGACGUGCGUCUUUCCCUACCUUCGCCGGAGGCCCGCUAUACCCAGCAAUAAAAUCUCAAUAAAUUGGAGAGAGUCACAGUCCCAAAGGAAGAGCCUGGGCAGGCCUGGUCAGUGCGCCCUGCGGGCGUGUGUGCGUCGGGGCAGCUGGAGGGACACUGGCCCGGGUCAGUCCCCCCUACCCCGCCCCGCAUCCCACCACUCCUGCUCAUCUGUCUCAGCUUGUGUUGUGCUUCCUGGGGCCGGGGCACUGCUGCUGCUCUCAGACUGCUGCCCACUGUUUUGUUUUGUUCUGUUUUGUUUAUCUGCACCCGCAUUGUUGUUCUUUGGGGUGAUUGGUUGGUUUUCAGCAGCCGCAAGUGUCGCCACAGUGCCUGGAACGUGGUCGACGUUCACAGGAGCUACGCAUUGAGUUCAGGCGCUGCUCGGCGAGCGCCGGCCUCCUUUCCCUCCCUUCCCUCCUCACAUCUUCAUUCUCUUUUCCCUCCUGCCUCCGUCCUCCCGCGCUUGCUUCGGAAUGAGGUUCCUUCCCCCAGGGGCCCGCCUGCUGGGGACCAGGACAGUGGUGCCUGUGGCUCAUCCUUGGACACUGGGAUCCGCUAGUAUUUUCCCCCAACUUUUUUUUUUCUCUUUCACUUGAUUGUUUAUUCAUUGAUUCCCCCACCCCGCCCCGCCCCACCCCGCCAUCUGGGCAUGACAGAGCCAUCAUGAACCCCACACGGGCAGAUGGCGCAGGAGGCAGUAUUUGUCAUCUUGACCAAUAACUUGCAAGAUGUGUGUUAGCUCAUUUUAGAAAGCGGAAAACAGACUUGACACUAUUUGAUGAUUUGCCUAAAGGCACAAAGUUAGUAAGUGGAAGAGGGUUUCAUUAUUCAUUGUGGGUCUCCUGUCCGGCCUGGGUACACAGUGCACACACCCCCAGUGUAAAGUGUGUGUGUGUGUGUGUGUGUGUGUGUGUGUGUGUGUGUGUGUGUGUGUGUGUGUGAGGUCCAAGAGGUGAAGUGACCUGCCUGGGUACACAGCGCACAUACACCCAGUGUAAAGUGUGUGUGUGUGUGUGUGUGUGUGUGUGUGUGUGUGUGUGUGUGUGUGCACAGAAGCCCCCUGGGCAGCCGGAGCUUGGCUGCUUGAUGCUUCUGGUUCCAUCUGGAGUUCGAGGUGGGACAGUCCUCUGUCCCCUCCGCUGGAACCACUGGGGCUCGCUGCCCAACAGCCAGGGGGUCUCGGAGUCAGAAGUCAUCAGAGAUGACAGACGGAUGCUAACUCAGUGACUGCCCGGCUUCCCUGUGCUCAUCCAGACCCCAUCCGGCAGCCCGGGGGCGCCCUCUGGUAGUUGGAAGUCAGCCGGGGAAAGGGAAGGGAGAGAAAGAGCCGUCGAGGACCCUUUCUUGGGGGAAGCCACAUGGCAGGGGCUUCUCAGGAGUGGCUGAAAUCCCUCACUCCCUGCAAAUGUGCCUCUCCAAGAUACAGGAUUUUUUAAUAAACAGAGGAAAUGAUAAAUUAUGUUGUAACUCCACUCCAAAGGCAUUUGGUUCUUAACAGCCAAAUCCUCUGUAGUCUUUAAAUAAACAAAAACUUAUUUGGUGAACAGACGUGGGGAAAAUGAAAGAUUUUCAGUUCUUGGGUUCCACAUGUCAACAAUUUCUCUCCUGUGUGUAUGUUGGCCAAAGCCGUAUAUCAUGAUAAAUGAAUCAAGGAAAGCCUUCCAGCCCAGGCGGCCAGACAGCUCGGCAAAUGGCUUUCAGCUGAUUGCUCAGUUCCAGUCGACGUUCACCCCAGAGUUUCUCUGUGACUCCGAGCGGCAGAGCGGCAGCGUGGCAGGGACGAGAGUGAAACUAUCUGUUUGCAUGUGCUGGGUUCGGGGUGAUGCUGGAGCUGGUUCUCCUCCUUCAGUCUCUCAAGAAAGGUGGGGGCAGGAAAGCCCAGUGGGUGAGGCUGACCCAGGCUCAAUCCCUGGCACCUCAAGUGGUCCCCCCGAGCACAGACCCAGGAGUAAGCCCUGAGCACUGUUGGCUGUGACCCCAGACUCCCCUCCCCUCUGCCCCCGCCCAAGGAGAGACUGCGUAUGUCCUCACGCUUGCUGGAAGAACAUACCACCACCACUGCCAUUCCGUUAAUUGCCUCCUGAGUCCCGUGGAAAGACGGGCCAAAGGGAAUUCAACGUCUUUUCAUCUGUUUGCUCUUCUCUUCUUCCUGACGUGUGUGCAUGCAUGUAUGUACCUAUGCAUGUAUGUGUGGGAAACCCGCAAAAGGAAAUCUUAACAAAAAGUUAAAAGUGAGGGGGCUGGAGCGAUAGUACAGCGAGUAGGGCAUUUGCCUUGCACACAGCCGACCCGGGGUUCGAUCCCCAGCAUUCCAUAUGGUCCCCUGAGCACCACUAGGAGUAAUUCCUGCAUGCAUGAGCCAGGAGUAACCCCUGUGCAUCGCUGGGUGUGAACCCAAAAAGCAAAAUAAAUAAAUAAAUGUGGAACUCCUCCCAGAUCCCAGUCGAUUCCCCGUUAGCAUUUAGGCAUAUGUCCUUCCAGACCUUUACACAUAGAUAAUUCCAUCACGCCAGGAGCAGGACUGUUCUGGUCACUUAUGGGUCUCACUUCUUUUGACCCAACAACCAUUCACAUGUGUCCAGAGAGACAUCCUUUUUUCGUGCAAGAACAUCUUCUGUUGCCAGAGCAUAUGGAUGUAGGAUGUAGCAUGACGUGCUUCACUGUCAGUCCAUGCUACAUGAAAAAUCAUUCCAGGGGCCAGAGAGAUAGGGUCAGGCACUUGCCAGGCUCGUGGCUGGCCUGGGUUUGAUCCCUGACACCACAUAUGUUCCUUGAGCACAGAGCCAGGAGUAAGUUCUAACCACAGCCGAGUGUGGUCCAUCCCCCUUUCCCCCUCAAAAGAAAAUCAUUUCAGGGCCAGGAUGUUUCUCAACAGUGAAAGCACAUGCCCCGUAGGUGUGAGAUCACGGGCUGGAUCCACGGCAUCUUGAAAAAAUAAAACUUCUGGGGCUGGAGCGAUAGCACAGUGGGUAGGGUGUUUGCCUUGCACGCAGCCAACCCGA